AUGGAGAAUUCAUUAUUUAAUAAGGGUGAAGGAACUGGUAAAUUAGCGAAAGACAGCAUUGGUGUAAGAGGGGAAGAACGUCUAGAAACUUCUUCUGCUAAAAAGUUAACAGAUAUAGGAAUUAGAAGAAUCUUUUCUUCAGGACAUGACAUUUUCCGGGAAAGUGUAAGGAAGUUUUUUCAAGAAGAAGUGAUUCCUUAUCACUCGGAAUGGGAGAAAGGUGGAGAAGUAAGUAGGGAGGUUUGGGGAAAAACUGGAAAACAAGGGCUGCUUGGUGUCAAGAUUGCAGAGCAUCAUGGUGGGAUUGGAGGGGAUUUGUCCGAAGCUGUUGUCUGGGAGGAGCAAGCUUAUUCAGAUUGUUCAGGCCCAGGUUUUGGUGUUCAUUCAGCAAUUGCCAUGCCCUAUAUUGCAAACUAUGGCUCAGAAGAACAGAUUAAGCACUUUAUUCCUCAGAUGACUGCAAGCAAAUGUAUUGGUGCAGUAGCAAUGACAGAGCCUGGAGCUGGAAGUGACUUACAAGGAGUAAAAACAAAUGCUAAAAAGGAAGGAAGUGACUGGAUUCUCAAUGGAAGCAAGGUGUUCAUCAGUAAUGGGUGGUUAAGCGACCUUGUGAUUGUAGUUGUGAUCACAAAUCGUGAGGCUCACUCCCCUGCCCAUGGUAUUAGCCUUUUUCUGGUGGAAAAUGGAAGGAAAGGAUUUAUUAAGGGACAAAAGCUACAUAAAAUGGGAUUAAAAGCCCAGGAUACUGCAGAACUAUUCUUUGAAGAUGUAUGGUUGCCAGCUAGUGCCCUACUUGGAGAAGAGAAUAAAGGCUUCUAUUAUCUCAUGAAAGCCUCCACAGCCUUAAGAAAACCUGGCAAGAAAUGUAAUUGAUGAAGAAGAGCUUAUGUGGAUGCCUGAGUUCAGCCAAUCUAUGGUGGUGCAAAUGAAAUAAUGAAGGAGCUGAUUGCAAGAGAUAUUGUCUGUGACAAGUAGACAUCUGCCCACAUCUUGGAAUCCUAUUACAGCUAAUCUGAUUUUAAAUCUACUCAAGAUAAAAUGUAACUCGGAAAGCAAAGAAACACUGAACAUGUUUUUAUAUGCUCUCUCUAUAGAGAAGGAAAUAAAAUAUAAAUAUAAGAUUAACACAGUAGAAGAAGAAAUCUUUGAAACCAAAAUUCUCAUUUUCCAAUAUAAGGUUUAACUUACAUUUUUUUUAAUAUAACCAAAGGUAAAAGAUUUUCAGUUUAUCUCCAAAAUUCUAAAAAGCAUAAAUUGUUCAAAUCUUCAAACCAAGGCAGAAAUAAUUUUAUGUCAUUAUAGUAUAAAAUCAUUAUUAAGACAGCACAUUAACUUUUAAAGGGAAAAAUAUAGCUUAGAAUGUAAACUCAUUUCAGCUACCUUUUGCUUCAAAUUCCCCAAAACAGUGGGGUUUUUAAAAUCGCUGUACUGCAACCUCCUAUUUUUAAGCAAUGGAACUCUUUCUUCAAACAAAAGCUUAUGCAGAACAUCUCCGUGAAACACUGUUGAGUGAGAAUUGGUUUGACUGAAGCAGGAAGCCAUCAUGCCUUACUACCCUGAAACCCCUAGGACUCAGCUAAGCAUUUGCCUAAUCCUGACCAGGGAAUGCCUUGGUUCUGUCAAUUGCUGACAACCGAGAACACAGAAUAGUCCAUCAUUUUUUAAUUUCAAGAUAUUGGUACAUUUUAUAGGUAUCAAAGCAGUGGCUUUUAUUUUGUAACAGUGUAUUUAUUAACGAUUAUUUUAUGUCUUCUAUAAACCAGGCUGUUAAUGCAAUGAUGACAAACAAAACUGGCAAGAUAACUAAAAAAUAAGUGAAUAAACAAAUAAGCAGUAAUAAAUAAAGAAGUAAAUAAGUAAAAGAGAUCAUUUCAAGCAUAAGUGCAAUUUAAAUAAUAAAGCACUUAAAAUU